AUGGCCAGUUUUUUGAGCUCCUCUCUGCCCAGCUGCCUCCCCUCCCUCCUCCUCCUCCUCCAGCUGUCUUCCAGCUCUGCAGGACAGUUCAGAGUAAUGGGACCAGGGCAGCCCAUCCGGGCGCUGGUGGGGGAUGAAGUGGAAUUGCCCUGUCGCAUAUCUCCAGGAAAGAACGCUACAGGCAUGGAGGUGGGAUGGUACCGACCCCCCUUCUCCAGGGUGGUUCAUCUCUACCGAAAUGGCAAGGACCAAGAUGAAGAGCAGGCACCUGAAUACCGGGGCCGCACGGAGCUGCUGAAAGAGACUAUUGGGGAGGGGAAGGUGACCCUCAGGAUCCGGAAUGUAAGGUUCUCAGAUGAAGGAGGUUUCACCUGCUUCUUCCGAGAUCAUUCUUACCAAGAGGAGGCAGCAAUGGAGUUGAAAGUGGAAGAUCCCUUCUACUGGAUCAACCCUGGAGUGCUGGUGCUCAUCGCGGUUCUACCCAUGCUCCUCCUGCAGAUCACUGUGGGCCUUGUUUUCCUCUGCCUGCAGCGCAGACUCAGAGGAAAACUUCCAGCAGAGAUAGAGAAUCUCCACCGGACUUUUGAUCCCCACUUCCUGACGGUGCCCUGCUGGAAGAUAACCCUGUUUGUAAUCGUGCCAGUUCUCGGACCCCUGGUGGCCUUGAUCAUCUGCUACAACUGGCUACACCGAAGACUGGCAGGGCAAUUUCUUGAAGAGCUAAGUAAGUUUUCUUCUCUUUCUUAUAAGUUGAGAGCAAAAAACAAAAAAAACAAAACGAGGAAAGCAGCAAGGGGAAGGGGGGGCUAUUGA